AUGGUAACAUGCAUCUUGAUUGGGAUUGACUUAAGGGUAACGCUUCUGAAUUUUCUUAUACGCACCAUAGUGUUUUUUAUUCUCAUUUUAGCUCACUUUGCAACUUGUCCAGGCCUCGUACUUCUUCAGAAGUCCCGCUAUAACGAUAUCGUAACAUUCCGAGCUCCAGAUCAGGAGCCUGGAUUUGGGAAGGAUGCCGUUUUCAUUAAGAGAAUUGUCGCAAAGGCUGGUGACUUGGUUCAGGUUCAUCAUGGGUCACUCUAUGUCAAUGGUGUUGAACAACAGGAAAAUUUCAUAGCUGAACCACCAUCAUACACAUCAGACUUAAAGUAUGUUCCUAAUGGUCAUGUUUAUGUGUUGGGGGACAACCGUAAUAACAGCUACGACUCUCAUAACUGGGGCCCUCUGCCGGUGGAAAACAUUGUUGGAAGAUAUGUGCUGUGCUGUUAUAGACCUUCCAACCAUAGACCUGCUGCAAGUUCAGGGAUGAACUAGACAGGCCAAACUUUCUCCAACUCUUGGCAAAGCUGGGAUGUAGAUACACGGAGUCGUGUUUUGCGGUGUCUUGUCGCUAGUUCUUUUCAAUGAAUUUUCAUACCGAUGCUAUCAAUAUAAGCUUGUUUAGUAUGAUUGUGGAUUGUUGAGAGUUCAGCAGCAACUGUAAUAGAAGGUGUUUAUUUUAUA